CGGCGUUGCAGCACGCCAGCUGUUGGAUGGUGAAGUUGUAGUGUUGUACAACUAGCCGCAUUCUAUUGUGAAUCAUCCAACAGGCAAGUGAAGUUGUUUAAAGCGCUCCCCAACUUGCGUGGCGCACGUGGAAUUCUAUCGCAAAUUCAACGACAAACAAAAACGUGGAGUUGGCGUGAGACAAUUGCCAACCAAGCAGCUUUUUCAACCAGUUCAAUCGUCUCCUCCUCUACCCCCAAAGUCUGGGGCACCACAAAACAAAAACGCAACGUUAAAUUACGUUCAGCAACAGCAGAGUACAUCAUGUCAAAUCCAGAGAUUGAAAAACAACUCGCUCCACUGCGAGAGCGAGUCCAGGAGCAGGGCAACCUAGUGCGUGAGUUGAAGGCCAGUGGAGCCCCUGAAUUGGAUGUGAAGAAGGCGGUGGCUGAGCUCAAGGCUCGCAAGAAGGUGUUGGAGGACAAGGAAUUGGCUCUGACGCCCAGCGUGGUGAGCUUCGAUCGUGCCCGCAUGGAGGAUCUGGUGAAGCGUCGCUUCUUCUACGAUCAGAGCUUUGCCAUAUAUGGCGGCAUCACCGGCCAGUAUGAUUUUGGUCCCAUGGGCUGUGCCCUCAAGUCCAACAUUCUGACACUGUGGCGUCAGUUCUUUAGCCUGGAAGAGCAAAUGCUUGAGGUGGAUUGCUCCAUGCUGACGCCAGAGCCAGUGCUGAAGGCUUCGGGACAUGUGGAACGCUUUGCUGAUCUGAUGGUCAAGGAUGUCAAGACAGGAGAAUGCUUCCGACUCGAUCAUUUGAUCAAACAGGCGCUUGAGAAGCUCAGCAAGGCAAAGGACGCCACGCCAGCGUUGCAAGCAGAAUGCGAGGACAUCAUCAUCAAGCUGGAUGGUCUCAACAAACAGGAACUGGCCGAUGUGCUGGCCAAGUACAACAUUAAAUCCCCGCUGACUGGCAACGAUUUGACCGAACCCAUCGAGUUCAAUCUGAUGUUUGCCACCCAAAUUGGACCCACUGGUCUGGUGAAGGGUUUCCUCCGUCCCGAGACUGCUCAGGGCAUCUUUGUGAACUUCAAGCGUCUGCUGGAAUUCAAUCAGGGUCGUCUCCCAUUCGCGGUGGCUCAAAUAGGCAAUUCUUUCCGUAAUGAGAUCUCGCCACGUUCGGGUUUGAUUCGUGUGCGUGAAUUUACGAUGGCGGAGAUCGAACAUUUCUGUGAUCCCGCGCUUAAAGAUCAUCCUAAGUUCAGCAAUGUGGCCAGCGAGCUCUUGACGCUUUACUCCGCCUGCAAUCAAAUGGACGGCAAGUCGGCACAACAAGCCACCAUUGGCGACGCCGUGGCCAAUAAACUGGUGGCCAACGAGACGUUGGGUUACUACAUGGCCAGGAUACAGCAGUUCCUGCACGCCAUUGGCAUUAAGCCGGAGUGCUUGCGCUUCCGCCAACACAUGGGCAACGAGAUGGCGCAUUAUGCCUGCGAUUGCUGGGAUGCCGAGAUCUUGACCUCUUACGGUUGGGUUGAGUGCGUCGGCUGUGCCGAUCGCUCUGCCUACGAUCUCAGCCAGCAUUCACAAGCAACAGGUGUGCGUCUGGUGGCCGAGAAGCGUUUGCCUGCUCCCAAGACCGUCGAGGUCAGCGAAAUUGUGCCCAACAAGCAGACACUAGGCAAAACGUUCAAGAAGGAUGCCAAGGCCAUCACUGAAGCACUGGCCAAGCUCUCGCUGGACGAUAUCAAACAAGUGGAAACACAACUGGCGGCUGGUGGACAGUAUAAACUUACAUUGGGCGAUGGUGCCAGCCACGAGCUGGGCAACGAAACAAUUUCCGUGAAGCAUGCCACAAAGACGGUGCACGUUGAGGAGUUUAUCCCCAGUGUGGUGGAGCCUUCCUUUGGCAUUGGCCGCAUCAUGUACGCGCUGCUGGAGCACAGCUUCCAGUGUCGCGAGGGCGACGAACAGCGUUGCUACUUCACGCUGCCACCAAUAGUGGCACCUAUCAAGUGCUCCAUCUUGCCGCUGUCCAACAAUGCCGAAUUCCAGCCGUACACACAGAAAUUGGCCGCAGCCUUGACGAAGGCGGAACUGUCACACAAGGUGGAUGACUCGAGUGGCUCGAUUGGACGUCGUUACGCGAGGACCGAUGAGAUUGCCAUUCCCUAUGGCAUCACAGUUGAUUUUGAUACACUGAAGGAGCCGCAUACGGUGACGUUGCGUGAUCGCAACACCAUGAAGCAGGUGCGUUUGGCCUUGGAUGCUGUUGUGGGCGUUGUGAAGGAUCUGGCAACAGCGCGUCUCAGCUGGUCGCAGGUGCUGGAACAGUAUCCGGCUUUUGAGCAGCAGGAGACUACCAAAUGAAUGACAACCAUUUGAAUACGCAACAUCAAACUCACGCUCACUUGUUACAUAUAGCUGCUAUGUAUUGCAUUUAAAAUACUCCCAUUUUUUAUUACUUGCUUGAAUUUUGAAAAAUAAAUGCUUACCCUCGCUACAAUUGUCCCAAAUUAAAUGUUUU